AUGACGAAUGGUGUCGUUAAGAAGGUUGAUGGGAGUGGUGGUGGUGGUGGUGGUGAGGUCAGUUCGAUUAGGAGACCUUUGAGGAUGAUCAUGUUUGGGAAGCCUGGGUCUGGUAAAGGAACGUUAUCGAGUAAACUUGUAGAGAAAUACGACAUAGAGCCCAUCUCGACGGGUGACCUUCUUCGAGCGGAAGUUCGAGCUCGGACGGAGAUCGGGUUGCGAGCAGAGAGUAUAAUGGCUUCUGGUGGGAUAUUAGACGAUGAGCUCGUACUUCAACUUGUAUCGAACAAGCUUGGUGAACUUAGGGAACGUGGUAAUUGGAUAUUAGAUGGAUUCCCGAGGACGUUGGGACAAGGUCGUUUGCUCGAUCCGUUAUUGCGGAAACUUUCGAGUCCUCUCAGUCUUAUCAUCAAUUUGGACGUUCCGGAUGAGGAGAUUUUGAACCGGAUAGCGGACCGAUGGACACAUGCAAAAAGUGGACGGGUGUAUAACCUUGGGUACAAUAAACCGAAGGUACCGGGGAGAGAUGACGUUACGGGAGAACCAUUAACAAAACGACCAGACGACAACCCUGAAGUAGCCUCCAAACGACUGAAAACGUUCUACGAAACGACAUCCCCGUUACUGCAUUACUAUGCUACUCAAUCUAUUUCACCCAAUACCGGAAUCCCUACUUCGCCCAAUGACUCGUUACAGCCUCAGAUGUAUUUGAUGAGCAUUCAAGGAAGGAGUUCAGAUGAAAUGUGGCCUAAGAUUGAGGAAUUUGUGAGGAGGUUGUUUGGCGUUAGAGGGAGGGGGAUAGAUGCAGCGAUGGGAGGCACGCUUGGGGUUGGUGGGAAAGGAACUGCGAGAGGAUUGGCGAACGUUGCAGCUCGUGAUGGGAGUCAGCUCUGA